UGAUUCAGUCUGAGGCUAUUAUUUUUAUAAUUGAACAAGUACAAUCAUCUGUAUGGCAGAAGCCAAAUCAAAUGGGUAAACACAACACUGGCCAAUUAAGAGAAAUGACCAAUCACCGAAACUGAAAAGUACGUGUGCAGUUUGCGAAAAACUACGCGAUUCUGUUUGUUGUCCGGUUGUCUUAUUUUAUACCGUUUUAACAUGCGCAAGUAACAGUUUCACCCUGAUUGUUUUUUUACAAUUAUUGAUAAGCAACUCGCUAGUGUACGAUACACGCAAUGAAAAUAAGGAGUAAAUUAGUUUUACGUUGUCCUGGCUGCAAGGUGUAAUAUUUCGGUAGUGAAUAGUGGCGAUAUUAUUGUUCAGUUACGAUAAACAUGGACGUUAUUGGUGUAAAAAUUAGGAAACGGCGUGAGACAUUUUAUAAUAGUUGGGACAUAAUUAGAACUGCGUUCACAUAAAUCCAAGAUCGAGGAAUUGUUAUUAUUCAUUGGAGGCAUGAGCAGGAAAUUAAGAUAGCAUGAAUAUUUUCUGGUUCCUGAUUGUCGAAAGCUUAAUUUUCCUAUCAUUUGUUGCCGGCGAGGAAAAAUGCUUGAAACAUCUUCCAGAAGUAAAUCCGAAAAAAUACUUUCACCUGGAUGGAAGGUCUUUGGACAUUGUGAUAGAAAUGUCCAAUGAAAGGAUUACCCAUCAGUUGAGCACUUGGAUUUUCUACAUUUUUAUUAAGGAAGUUAUAGGAUACUCCAAAGUACACAUAAGCUCCAGAUGGGACAAUUUCGAUAUAGAAAGUGUAAUGGAAAGGCUAAUGGAUCAAACAAAUCCAGUUGCUAGUACAACAAUAAAUCUGGAAGUAUGGAUUCCGCCCGAUUAUGACACCUAUGCUACGGAAUUUGUUAAAGAAUGUGGUAGCGUUUCCCCUCCAGGUCGUUUUGGUUGGUUCAUUCCUAUCGAGCACACGCAACCAAUUAAAACUUACUAUAAUCCGACGGGGGAGGUAGAUGUAAAAUCUGUACACUGGAGAUAUUUUCGAGAUAAGACUUUCGCACAAAUUUUUAACAUUGACCAGGAUAUUUUGGAUAAUAUAGACGACCAUAAUCUUUCAAAGAAAGAUGGACAGUAUGUGUGCAGCUAUAACUUCUGCAGUAGGAGCAUGUACACUCCGUCAUUCUGUAUGAAGAGUAAAACUCGGUGUGCAGUAUUGUUAACUUCGUAUUAUAAUGCAACAAGUUUUGUUAUUAAACAUAUCAUAGAGGAUAAAUUAUAUGUUAAAGUGCUGUUUUUGGGUGAAAACCUCAAUGUAGUUGUGAGAAGCGUGAAGCAAAUGAUUAAAAAUAGGAGAGAUAAAAGUCUGGUUGUUCUCGGUUGGACUCCGAGCGAUGUGAUCCUACACGAAAAAGAUUACAUUAGUGUGUCAUUCGAAAAUUGCGAGAGAAUGAAUUUUACGCAUAACGAAUCCGUUGGCUACAGAUAUGAGAUGCACCGUUUGGUCAAAGUGGCCUGGAGCAAAGUUGAGCAAUUUGCCAAACCAUUAUACGACGCUUUACGUAGUUUCAAAUUUCAAGAGAACGACUAUGAUUUUCUCUUGGACUUGUACAAGAAAAAUCAAUUGGCGGUGGAAAAUAAAACUAUAUCUCUAAAGGACAUCGCCUGCGAAUGGAUGGAUAAACGGAACGGCACUUGGACGAAAUGGAAACAAAGCACGGAAAGUCUUAUUUAUAUAGGCGGCAUAUUUCCAUUAUCAAGUUCGUCCUACACCGGUACCGGAAUCGUUAAAGCGGCGUUAAUGGCCAUGAACGCAAUAAAUAUGAACAAAACGCUCCUUUCCGACUACAAAUUAACGAUUCUAGUGACGGACGGCAUGUGCCGCGCCGACAAUGUUAUGAAAAAUUUCAUCGAUUUUAUCGUUGAUCAAAAUUAUUACAACAACUUGGUGGGUGUUCUCGGUCCCGCAUGUUCUGAUACCGUUGAACCGCUGGCUGGUGUGUCCAGGCAUUAUCACAUAAUGGUGAUUUCGUACAGUGCCGAGGGUUCCAGCUUUUCAGAUAGGGGGAAGUAUCCAUAUUUUUUUCGAACAAUAGGAGAAAAUCAACAUUACAACCACGUUUACCUCGCGCUUUUUAAAAAAUGGAGAUGGAAACGAAUCGCGGCCCUUACAGAAGAUGGCCAAAAAUAUACGGAGUACAUCUCCUUGUUGCAAGAUGAACUUGAACAGGAUCACAUAGCAUUUAUAGCCAACAAGAAGUUUCCUAGGGAAAGAGCCGAGUCAGAGCCUAUGACACGGUAUUUGGAAGAUUUGAAAAACAAACGAGCUCGUAUUAUCAUAGCUGACGUUGUUGACGAUGAUGCGCGUGAAGUUAUGUGCGAAGCUUAUAAACUUAAAAUGACAGCAUCAGAUGGCUAUGUUUGGUUUCUACCAAUGUGGCUAAAUCGCACCUGGUAUAAUACGGAUUACUUUAAUGCGGUACUCAACGAAGGUGUUAAGUGCACCACCGAGGAAAUGAUUAAGGCCAUUAAUGGAUACUUUUCCAUGACUCACGCAUAUUAUGCACCAGAUAAUGCAACCAUGCAAGAAGGAAAAUCUGUUGGAGAGUGGAAGGCAGAAUAUCAAAAAUAUGCUCAGAAUCAAACAUCUGACUAUGGAGGAUUUGCUUAUGACGCAGUAUGGGUAUACGCUUUAGCGUUGGACAAAUUAGCAAAAACAGAUCCGGAAGCUUUGUCUGAUAUGCAUUCGGAAAGCACUACAGAUAAGCUGGUGAAGUUGGUUGAAGGUACAGACUUUUAUGGAGUAUCAGGGAGAAUAAAAUUUAGAGGUGGUCCUUCAAGAUUUUCGGUUAUCAACAUUUUGGAGUGGUAUAAUAACACUAUCAAUCUCAUAGGGGAAUUUUACCCUAAUCUAACCAAUGACAAAUCGGAAAUUUCAGGCGGUGAACUUAUUUUAAAUAACUCAGCUGUAAAAUGGUUCACGGAAAAUGGUCAACCGCCAGACGACGGUACGCUGCCGCCCCCGAUCUGUGCAAUCGAAAGUUUCGCUAAAGCGUUUAACGUUGAAUGUCAAACUGCUGUUAUUAUAUUGAACGUUAUAGUAGCGGCAUUUUUGAUUCUAGUUGUUUGUAGCGUUUGUGUUUAUCUUAAGCUGAAGUAUGACCAAAAGGUUAAGAAACAAAAGGAAUACAUGGAAAGUUUGGGAAUAUACGGCAAAAAAGUUCCUGCGAAUUUGGACGAUUUUGAGGUUCCGAGAGAACAUGUCACGAUUAAUCGGAAACUGGGUGAAGGAUUCUUUGGCAAAGUGUAUGGCGGUGAAUUACGGGUAGGUGGCGGGCUAGUACCCGUCGCGGUUAAAACUCUAAAAUUAAGCGCCUGCACUGAGGAUCAAAUUGAUUUCUUAUCCGAAGCUGACAACAUGAAACGAUUCGAGCAUCCGAACAUUGUAAGACUGUUGGGCGUGGUGACGAAAGAGCGCCCUAUCUACACGUUAAUGGAGUGUAUGUUGUAUGGCGAUCUGAAAACGUUUUUACUUGCUCGUAGACAUUUAGUUAGCCAAAGUAUCGCCGACGACGAAGACGUCUCACCCAAAAGACUGACUUGUAUGGCCUUGGACAUAGCUAGAGGUCUUAGUUUCCUUGCUGACCAAAAAUUCGUACAUAGAGAUAUCGCGUGUCGGAAUUGUCUCAUAAAUGCACAAAAAGUAGUAAAGAUUGGCGAUUUCGGAAUGACGCGGCCAAUAAAUGACUACGACUGUUAUGGUUUCAAGGAUAACGGUAGAAGGAGGGUUUUGCCCGUACGUUGGAUGCCACCGGAAAGUAUCGUGAACGGAAUAUAUUCGCCUGCGUCCGAUGUUUGGAGCUACGGCGUAACCCUCUACGAAAUCGUCACAUUCGGCUGCACGCCGUUUUAUGAUAAGACCAACGUCGAAGUGAUCCAUUUUAUCAAGGCGGGACACAUUUUAGAGAUCCCCAAGGGAGUGAAGCCAAUGCUCGAAGCCCUGAUGAAAAAUUGUUGGAAGCAAGACCCAAAACAACGCACCACUGCCUCGCAGGUUGUUGAAUUCUUAGCAAAUAACCCAAGACUGCUUUCUCCAUGUAUGGAUAUUCCCCUGAUGUCCUUAGAAUUAGAAGAGAUGAUACACCAGGAGAACAACAUACCGAUGGAGAUCCGACAACGGUCGGUCUCUCCAAAUUUCAAUUCACCCAAAGCUCAAAUAACGCACAGUCAAAACAAUAUCUAUAAUGAUAAAUUGCCGCCAAUUUGUCACGAAGAAGACUUAUCCGUAAGUAUACCUUUAGAGAAUUACUGCCCUAAGAUGCCUCUAUUAGGCACUGGGAAGUCGACUAGUAGUUUAAUUAGUUUUGGAAAAUUCCAAAUGCAAAGCUGUAGGAGGGACUCGGAUCGUCAAGAUGAAGACGAGGAGUUUAGCGCAAACAGUCCUCUUAACGGCUACAUAAGUAGUAAACUUUAACUAUGUAUAAAACGAAAUUGUUAGCAAAAUGUGCUGUUGAAAAGUAACAAAAUGUUGUUAGUCUAUUUGAAUAGAUAUAGAUAUCUAUUUUUGAUAAUCUGUAUGUUUCAUUACUAUUAGCCCAAUGUAAUCUUGCAAGUCGAAUAAUAUCACAACUACUUAAUUUUUGAUAUAGUGGCAUCACUUUGUAAAUAAUUAGUUUUAAAAAUCUAGUCAAUCACGUGUAGUGUAACUUCAUAAUAAACUCAAUAAAGUGGUUUUAAUCAUAACAAAUACAUCACUGCUGUACAGAGUGUUUGCUAAGUGAGUACUACUAAUUUAAAAAGGCAAUCGCUAGAGAAAUGCGUCUUUUACACAACGACCUUUUUUUUUUUGUACUUACUUGGGAAAUGUCCUAUAUCUUUAAGUGGGUAAUAACCUUGACUGAAGACUUGUUAUGAAUAUAUCUGUUUUAUAUAUAAAUGGAGGAAUGUUCCCAAUUGUAGUGGUGUAUGUCUCUUGUGUUUUCUGGUCACUGAUUUUCAAAUUGUGGAUAACGUGUAAUGCAAUGCAAUUAAGGUGUAAUUUCUUUUAUAAUAGGGUCAGAAAAAAAUUGAAAAAUAUUUUUACGAUUUUCAUUUUCUCCAUAUAUCCGAAACCAGUCGGAAUUUUCUUAUUUUCCAAACAGCUGUUGAUUGCGUAUCAUAAUGCAGAAGCUUUCCCGCUAUCUAACUAACUUCUUAUCUCGUAUUUGUGUAACCCCUGAUAUAGAUCUUACAAAAAUUUACGUGCUGUAUGCAGUAAGAGAUAUAAUUUUUGAAGUUGUUACUUGCCAAAUAUUGGGUCUCCACCUCGGUUGGGUUAUGCCAGGAGCAUUCCAUGCAAUCCAUCAUUUUGUAACAAUUUCAGUAAAAAUAGUUGCUUGCGGUCAAAGGUUAAAAUAUUUUUUCACUUCAACGUUCGGUUAUUGUUUAUUUCCAAAAAAGUAGCCUCACAAAUUGCGACAGUAUAAACUUUUUAAAGAAUUACCGUGCAAGAAACUUAAUUUAGCAAUUUGAAAUGGUAUAAACGCUUUUGCAGUGAAGGUUAGAAGUUGACCAGCUGGAUGAAAUUGUAUUGAUAUAGAUGUAUGUUUUAUAUGUGAUACAGAUGUAAAGAAACCUCACCUCCCAUUUCUCUUUUUUUAUUUUUAGAUAUUCAUUAAUGAUUCAUGAGAUAUUUAGGAUUAAAGAGAUCCGAUUUAAGUUUACCUAAUUCUUUAAUAAUUAUGUUAUGGACUUCCCGACCUAUACACAAUAUGGUCAAGUACAUAAUUGUAAAUAUUUGUCACACUAUUAACUCAUUGACAGAGCAAUGGUAAAGUAAAUUUUUAGAAACUUCAUUUAGUACAAUUGCAGCUAUAUUAAAUAAGUAAACAAUGAAAUGUUAGCUGACUGUUGUGCUCAUAGUUUCUUGAAAGAUGGAGUUAACUUUCAAAACUGCUGCAUUAUUCUGGUUUAAUAAUAGCGUUUGAGGAAAGUGGUUGAUUUAUGGGGAGGGUACAAUUACACUAGGAAAUAAUUGCAUAAAUAAGAAACGAUUUUUUACGUUAGUUUCUUUGUGUGUUUGCAACAUUAGCGCAGGUCUGCCCUAAGCCGAUUUAAAAGUUUUAUAAAUCAUUUCACCAACCAGUCGUUUUUGUUGAUUAGAAAUUUUCGUUUUAAGACAGCUGCCACAGGGCAUUUACCUUAAUAGCUUCAAAGAGAAUUUGAAAUAAUGCAAUAAUAAUACAAAUAACAUAAGGUAAAUAACCUUACUUGACCAACUAAUAAUUAUUAGAAGUCGUAGGUGGAAUGUUGACCAUAAGGUCAAAUUAGUUGAAGGAUGAUAAAUUCACAUGAACUUCAAAAUGUUUUUAGUUUUGCUUUAUAAUGCAAAAUUUUUCCGACAGGCAUAUUAAUCGUUUUUUAUUCAUAUCUUGUAGCAUGUAUGUGCAUAUAUUUCUUUUCGAUAUUGAUCAUUUCUAUUCAAGGGGUUCCCGGAGAUUCAAAUCUCAAAUACCAUGACUAUUAUGUUCCUGCUAAUAUUAAUAAUCUGGAAGACUACUACUUCAAAUGUUGCGUGCUAUUUUCCAGACCUUUAUAAUAAUUAUUAAUGUAUGGAGAUUCAUUCUUAUGUAUGCAUAUGAGAAUUGUAAUAUGUAUAUUUUGUAUUAGUAGAAUAAGUACAAACAAUAAAUUUUGUACGUUUUCACCUUU